UCAUCCUCCAUUCCAUUCCCUUCUCUUCUCCACAAAGACCGACGACAACAGAUGAAGCAUUGCAGCAGCCUGUGCCUGCUGCUUCUCGUGGCGCUCUGCAGCUGCUGUACUAACUUGGUCCGAGCCAAGCCACAGAUCCUCUUCCAGGGGUUCAACUGGGAGUCGUGGAAGAAGCAGGGGGGCUGGUACAACCACCUCAAGGCCCAGGUCGGCGACAUAGCCGACGCCGGCGUCACCCACGUCUGGCUCCCCCCGCCCUCGCACUCCGUCUCCCCCCAGGGCUACAUGCCGGGCCGGCUCUACGACCUCGACGCGUCCAGGUACGGCGCGGCGGCGGAGCUCAGGUCCCUGCUCGCGGCCUUCCACGCCAGAGGAAUACAGUGCGUGGCCGACGUGGUGAUCAACCACCGGACCGCCGACAAGCAGGACGCGCGCGGCGUCUACUGCGCCUUCGAGGGCGGGACGCCCGAUGCGCGCCUCGACUGGGGCCCCGCCGAGGUCUGCGCCGACGACGCCACGUACUCGGACGGCACGGGCCACCGCGACACCGGCGACGGCUUCGACGCGGCGCCCGACGUCGACCACCUGAGCCCGCGGGUGCGGAGGGAGCUCUCCGACUGGCUCCGCUGGCUCAAGACCGACGUCGGCUUCGACGGCUGGCGCCUCGACUUCGCCAGGGGCUACUCGCCCGCCGUCGCCAGGACCUACAUCGACGCCGUCAGGCUGGGCUUCGUGGUGGCCGAGAUAUGGAACCCGCUGGCCUACGACGGCGACGGCAGGCCGUCGCACAACCAGGACCGGUGCCGGCAGGGGCUGGUGGACUGGGUGGAGGCGGCGUCGCCGUCGGUCAUGGCGUUCGACUUCGCCACCAAGGGGGUGCUGCAGGCGGGCGUGCAGGCCGAGCUGUGGCGGUUGCGUGACCGGUCCGGGAAGGCGGCCGGCAUGAUCGGCUGGCUGCCGGAGAGGGCCGUCACGUUCGUCGACAACCACGACACCGGGUCGACGCAGAAGCUGUGGCCGUUCCCGGCGGACAAGGUGAUGCAGGGCUACGCCUACAUCCUCACCCACCCCGGCGUCCCCUGCAUCUUCUACGACCACAUGUUCGAGUGGAACCUGAAGGUGCAGCUGGCCAAGCUGGCGGCGAUCAGGGCGCGGAACGGCGUCCACGCCGGGAGCAAGCUGCGGAUCCUCGUCGCCGACGCCGACCUGUACGUGGCCGUCGUCGACGAGAGGGUGUUCGUCAAGAUCGGGACGAGGUACGACGUGGGCGGCGCGGUGCCGUCGGAUUUCCACAUCGCGGCGCACGGCAGGGACUACUGCGUCUGGGAGAAAGGCAGCCUCCGUGUCCCGGCCGGGAGGCACUAACGAGCAAUGCUACACCUACGUAGCAAUCAAACGUAAAGUAACAUAAUGAUUUAGGUGGCAUUUUUCAGUUGAAGGAAAUUAGGAGAGGGACCCCAUCCAGUUGGAGUAGGGGGGCCGGAGGGAUUAGCAGUUAGAUAAUUUCCUUCAACUAAAAAAUGCCACCUAAGUCAUUACGUUACUUUACGUUUGAUUGCUACUCCCUCUAGCCCUCACCUGUUGAGUGCGGACCGAGACACACCACACACCCCCUCCUCUCGUCAAAUAUCCAACCCUAAUAAUUUAUUACAGUUUCAGCAUGUAAACCAAACCAAUAACAAAGCAAAGCUUCCCUUGGUAUAGGAUAUACGAUGAAUGGAUGAUACUGCUUGGUAUCACCGCCCUACCAAACCGUUUCAGUUAUGUAUACAAGUCAAAAUUGUAAAUG